AUGUCAUUUUUUAAAAGUGUCUUUUCAGUCAAGAAAGUAAAACCACGAAAACAAAUUUCAAGAAGUCCAUUGAAAUUGUCUGCUGAUGAAUUUUAUCGUGAUUUAGGUCCGAAAUGUGAAGUAAUUGAUGUAAAAGUAGCUGAUAAAAAAAUUGUUUUUGAUAUUGAAAAUGGUGAUUGGAAUACAGUUGCUGCUAAAAGUUUUGGUGAAACAAUUUUGAGUAGCAAUGUACAAAAAAUUCGAAAACAAAAUGAAUUAUUACAAGAAGAAAACAAUUUGUUAAAACUUAAAGUUGAAAUUUUAUUAAGUCGUCUUGCUGAAUCUAUUGCUGAAAAAUCAUCAACUCAACAUUAG